GUGGCGGUUAGGUUAGGUUAGGUCGGUGCAUAGGGAUAUACAGUACUGAGAUCUUACCUGAUCAAGAGGGGCUCACUCGUUGUUUUGUGUUUGAAUAUAGUUUUAAAUUUCAGUAGGAGGUAGCACUGGUGUCGUUGGUGCCGCUCUCGCUCUACUAUGGUGUCGGUGAUGGUGUCCUAUGGUGUCGCGGUAUUUCUAUUGGUGAUCUACGAAGUGUCAGCGCUCACCCUUCUUCCCAAGAGUUUAAGGAGUCUUCCCCCCACUUGUGAAAGCAAUAUCUACUGCCAGGGUGUGCUGCUUCACGAUGUUCAGAUGGCUAGGCUAUACACAGACUCCAAAACUUUUGUUGACAUGAAGUUAAAGUACUCAGAAGACGAAGUUGUAUCUAAGUAUGAAGCCCUCAGAAGGCAGUAUGGAGGUACGCCACCGACAGACAAAUUACAAGAGUUUGUUGAUAGUAAUUUUGAACAAGGAGACGAGUUAGAAGAGUGGAAACCAACUGACUACACAACCAAGCCGUCGCUGGUCGACCGCGUGGACGAUCCUCUGUUCAAACAGUGGGUUGAAGAUCUCAACAAUGUCUUCUUCACUCUGAGUCGGAAAGUCAAACCCGACGUUAAGAUUAAUCAGGGUCUUUACUCUCUACUUUAUGUUCCUAAUGGCUUUGUGAUACCCGGAGGCAGGUUUAGGGAGUUGUACUACUGGGACACAUAUUGGAUCUUGAAUGGAAUACUUCUCUGUGAUAUGGUCCAUACUGCUAGAGGUAUCAUAGAAAAUUUAAUCUACCUGUUGCGCAACUACAAUCUGAUACCUAAUGGCAGUCGCAAGUAUUACCUACAGAGAUCACAGCCACCAUUGCUCAUACCAAUGGUCAAUCAGUAUUACAAGCAUACCAAGGAUUUAGACUUUGUCCGGCAGAACAUUGACUUGUUAGAGAAAGAGUUCAAUUUCUGGAUGGCAAAUAGAAUGGUCCGAUUAAAGAAGAACAAUAUUUGCUACAAGCUGGCCAGAUACUACAGUCCUUCAUCAGGGCCCAGGCCAGAGUCUUACAGGGAGGACUUCUUAACAGCAGACCGGCUACCAACCCAAGAAGAAAAGAAUGAGAUUUACAUCAGUCUUAAGUCUGCCGCCGAGUCUGGUCACGACUUCUCUACCAGGUGGUUCAUAAAGAACGGAACCAAUGGAGGUAACCUCUCCAACAUUGAUGCUCCUCACAUCAUUCCUGUUGAUCUCAACGCCUUCCUUGAACAGAACGCCAGACUUCUCUCAAACUUCUACAAGCUUCUCGGUGAUCCCAAGAAAGCAUCACAUUACCAAUACAGAGCUGACAAACUACUUCAAGCUAUUGAAGCUAUUCUGUGGCAAGGAGACAAGGGCAUCUGGAUGGACUAUGACCUUGUCAAUUUGAAGCCUCGAGACUACUUUUACAUGAGCAACUUUGCCCCGUUGUGGACUAGGAGCUACUCAUUUCCUCGUGAAGUUGUGUCAAGGCUUGCCCUCAAUUAUCUGGAAGAGAGUAAAGUGGACGAAUAUAUCGGUGGUGUUCCAACUUCACUGAACGCUUCAGGUGAACAGUGGGACUUCCCCAACGCUUGGCCCCCGCUGCAGGCAAUACUCAUACAGGGGCUGGACAGGCUAGAAACCCCGGCGGGGAAACAAGCUGCGCAACACUACGCGACCAAGUGGCUACGCAGCAAUUACAAGGGUUACGCGAUCUUCCGCAAAAUGUUUGAAAAAUACGACGUGACAUUACUUGGCCAGACGGGAACUGGGGGAGAAUACGAGUUCCAAACUGGAUUCGGAUGGACGAACGGGGUCAUAUUGGAACUACUAAAUACUUAUGGAAGAAAAAUAUCAGCAAAUGGCACAGACAGCACCAAAGACACAUAAUGAUGGCGAGAGCAUCACAUUCCGUCCAUUAGGGCCACUACAGCCCUGUCAUCCUUCACUUCAGUGCCUCAUCCUCCCUAACUUAUAAAUUAUUGUUGAAUUAUUUAACUUGUUAUUUUAUUUAAGCGAUUGUGAUAUGAUGAAAUAAAAAGUAUUUUUAGGAUAAUGAA